AUGGAUGUACAUCCACCGUUAGCGAAAUUGCUCAUCACUUUUGCUGGUGUCUUGGGUGGUUUUGAUGGAAAUUUCGAAUUUAAAGAAAUUGGCGAUGGGGCGGGUGAUGGAUUUAUGAGUUCCGAGUUCCAGCAGACAUUGGGAGGACAUUUAAUGGCGGACAUGCCUCUUGGGUUCAAUAUGCAUGCAGAACAACAAAUUACUUUGUAUCCACAUAAGGAUGAUAAUAAUUUAUGGCUUGUCCAAAAUCAAACGGAUCCUGAAGUACCGUUUAACGAGACCGACCCAAUUUGGAUACAUCAUAAUUCAGUGAUUCGUCUCAAUCAUGUUAUAACUAAAAAAAGGAUGCAUAGUCACGAUGUUAGACCACCAGUAACUGAAGCAGAAUAUCAAAAUGAAGUCAGUGCUUAUGGAUAUGAUGGUUUCCCAGGAGAUGCAAAUGAUUUUUGGCGUGUGGAAAUCACUGAUUACGAUAAAUCUGACUCAGAAUCUCGCGAACAUUGUGAGAAGGCCAAAUGGAUAAGUACUUGGGACUUUGAAUGUCAUAUGCAUUAUGAUAAUUAUGAUGAUUAUUUAACUAACGAGAAUACAGUAAAUUUCGUUGAAGAGCCAAGUAUAACAGAUCUUUCUGAGGAUUCGUCAACUGGUGUUGCAGAAACUGGAGAGGGGGUUGAUUAUUAUGAGGAUCAUUAUGAGGAUCAUGAAGCUGUAUACGUUGAUGAUGAGUAG